AUGAUCGCAAAAGAGCUCCCAAACGAGGAAAGCCCAGCUCCCGAGCCCAUCGCGGUGAUUGGGUUGGGCUGCCGCUUCUCAGGAGAGGCAUCGUCUACCGAGGGGUUUUGGGAAAUGAUUCGAUCCGGCAGAACAGGUCAUGGAAAAGUGCCUGUCAGUCGAUAUGAUUCCUCUGCUUGGUAUCAUCCAAGCCAUGACCGCAAGGGAGCAAUUAAUCAUGAUAGUGGAUUUUUCCUGAGAGAAGAUCCGUCGCUUUUUGACGCACCGUUCUUUUCGAUAACUGCUAAAGAAGCAGCUGGUAUGGAUCCAGCACAGCGCCUUGUUCUUGAGGUGGCCUAUGAAGCCUUUGAGAAUGUUAUCGCUAAUACAAAAUCUGAAGGUGGCGUGCCAAUGGAGUUUCUAUCCGGAACCAAGACUGCGGUGUAUUCUGGUUGCAUGACCAAUGAUUAUGAGCUGUUGUCGACGCGUGAUCUUCAUGACAUGCCGCACAAUUCGGCUACCGGAAACGGUAGGACAAUGCUUGCCAACCGCAUUUCUUGGUUCUUCGAUCUUAGAGGCCCGAGUGUGAUGAUGGAUACUGCCUGCUCCUCAAGUCUAACGGCCCUACACUUGGCAACACAAGCCCUACGUAACAGAGAGUGCGAGAUGGCUCUUGUGACUGGUGCAAGUCUAAUCCUGGACCCAAACUUCACACAGCGACUUUCGUACAUGCAUAUGUUGAGUGCGGACGGUAUCAGUCACUCUUUCGACGCCAAGGCAAAUGGGUACGGACGAGGAGAGGGUCUUGGCGCUGUCUUGCUCAAGCCUUUAUCCGUAGCUGUGGCCGAUGGGGACGCUAUUCGUGCGGUCCUUCGCGCGACUGGCGUGAAUCAAGACGGAAGAACUCCAGGGAUUACUAUGCCUAGUGCAGACGCACAGGCCGAUCUUAUCAAUACUACUUACGGACCAGGACUGCCAUCAAUGAGAGAGACCGCAUAUUGCGAGGCCCAUGGAACCGGCACAGAGAUUGGCGACCCCACUGAACUUUCAGCAAUCGGAAAGACUUUAGGAGCCGCCCGUCAACCUAGUGAUGACCCGAUUUAUAUUGGAUCUGUUAAAACAAAUAUCGGUCAUACAGAGGGAGCGGCUGGUGUUGCCAGCUUGAUCAAAACCGUACUCUGUUUUGAGAACGCAAUGUUCGUCCAAAACGCGGGUUUCUCGCAGCUGAAUCCGAAAAUUCGCCUAGAGGAAUGGCAUAUGCGACUCAGUAACGACACUGUCCCCUGGCCAUCCCAUCUUCCCCAGCGUACGAGCAUCAAUUCAUUCGGAUUCGGUGGCUCAAAUGCGCAUGCUAUCCUGGAAAGUCAUUCUGAAUACUUCGGACCUUCGCCCAGAUCGACUGAUACAUCUGACAGUCAACCCCCAGUGGUUGUAGUGUUUUCUACGCAUGAUAAAGCCGGCAUAAGUAGGACUUCAGCAAAGUGGAGAUCUUUUAUCGAAAAGAAAGUCCAGCAAGGCCAGAACUUAUCACUGAGAGAUAUUGCCCAUACAAUGUACACUCGGCGGUCACAGCUGCCCUUCCGUAGCUUUGCAGUGGCUGACUCCCUUGAAGACUUGCAGGUCGUUCUGGGCCAAGAACUUUCCAGCUUUCCGCGCGCUAAGCGUACUAACACUAGUCAGAGCAACCUGGCUUUUGUUUUCACGGGCCAAGGUGCCCAGUGGGCCGGGAUGGGGGAAGGUCUCCUACAUAUUCCUAGCUUCGCAGAGAGCAUAGCGCGGAGUCAAGAGGUUCUCUCGACGCUGGGUUGCCCGUGGAGGAUCGAAGAUGAAAUCCGAGCAGAUUCAUCAAGCUCCCGCAUUAACCAGCCGGAUAGGAGUCAAGUAAUCUGUUGUGCUUUACAAAUCGCUUUGGUCGAACUUCUGGCAAGUUGGGGCGUCCACCCAAAAGCCACGGUAGGCCAUUCAAGUGGCGAAAUUGGCGCGGCAUAUGCGGCCGGAUUUCUGAACCAUCAGGACGCUAUUAGUAUUGCCUACUACCGUGGCAUUCUGUCCAUCCAGCUUUCCCAGUGUGGACGGCAAGGGAGAAUGAUGGCCGUUGGGCUUUCUGUCACAGAGGUUCAGAGCUACAUUAAACAGCUUCCAGAUCAAUCGGUUGUCGUGGCAUGUGAUAAUAGCCCUUCAAGCACAACUGUGUCAGGCGAUAAGCAGCAGAUUGACAUUUUGGAGCAAAUCCUGCGCGAGAAUAAACAUUUUGCGCGCAAACUACGAGUCGAAACUGCGUAUCACUCACCACACAUGUUGGAUAUAGCCGCAGAGUAUGAGCAAUCAAUCCAAUCAAUUCAACCAGAAGACCGCCACGAGAAUAGGGUCGCAAUGUUUUCUUCCGUCACGAAGGAGCGCAUCUACUCGAAAGACAUGAUUGCAUCCUACUGGGUACAAAAUAUGGUUAGUCGGGUUGAAUUCACCGCUGCAGUGACCCAAGUCCUCCAAUAUGCACAACCCGGUAAAGGGCGCCGGCGAGCAGUGCCAGUGAAGUGGAGUGGGUUCCUUGAGAUAGGCCCCCAUGAGUCAUUGAAAGGACCCUUCCAGCAGACCCUGCAGUCUGUAAGCCCAAGCCUUUCCAGUCUGCCGUAUACAGCUCUUAUUUUACGAAACAAAGAUGCACACCGGACAUCACUGGAGGCUGCAGGAACUCUUUGGGCUAUUGGUAGUCCAAUCAACUUGACAGCGGUCAACCAAACACAUCAUACCAAAAUGCCGCUGAAGGUGGUGUCCGACCUGCCCAGCUAUGCAUGGAAUCACCAGUCUUCCUUCUGGCAUGAGUCGGUAUCGUCUGUUGGAGUUCGUCGUCGCGAACAGCCACGCCACGACAUUUUGGGGGUGCCAAUUUCAUAUAACAACAGUCUUGAGCCACGUUGGCGAAAUUUCCUGCGGGUGUCGGAGAUACCGUGGCUAAACCACCAUAUUGUGGCUGGUUCUAUCAUCUUUCCGGCAGCUGGUAUGGUCACCAUAGUGGCGGAAGCUGCAAAGCAAAUUGCAGACUCGAAACAGUCACUUGCAGGUAUCGAGUUCCACGAGCUUAAGUUCGUCAGAGGCAUGGUCAUCCCGCCCGAUGAGCGAGGCCUGGAAACUCUGCUGAGUAUCAAACAACACUCGGCUGUGCCAGGAUGGUAUGAAUUCGGGCUUUUCUCCUUGGCUGACGGAAGUUCCUGGAUCCAGCAUGCGAAAGGUGAAUUUUCUAUGCACUAUGAAGAUGGAAACGGACAUGUUGAUGGGGGAGACUGGGAUGCGACAGUCAGAGCUGUUCAUUACACUCAAGCCAUUGCCGUCAAGGCGGAUGUCGAAGCACUAUAUGAGUGGCUCGGAAGAACGGGAGGUGUUACCUUAGGGCCAUCUUUUCGGUCUAUUAAAGAGGCAUUCUUUUGCCCAAACAAGGGUGACCUCUGGAUCUCGGGUCUGGUUCAAGACACCGAAAGUACAAUGCCGCAUGAGCGAGAAUCACCAUAUUUCAUGCACCCGACAGCUUUAGAUGCGCUCUUCCAGGCAGCUGUGUUGUCUCGAUCCGAUGCAUUGUCAAAUCAGAAUGCCAAUAUUCCUGUGGCAGUGGAACGGCUCUACCUCCCGAUCGGUUUUGGCCUCAAAGCGGGAGACCGGUUUUCCGUGCACACAACAACAUAUGACCACGGGGACAGUCUAUACUCAAAUUGUAUUGCGUCUGAUGCGGAAUGGUCCAAGCCUCAAGUUAUGCUACAGGGUGUACGUCUUGGUCGUGUCCCCGUUCAAAACGAGACCCUGAGCAAGAAGGAACGCCUAAAUCGCUAUUCUGCUUUGACCUGGCAAGAGCACGUGAAUUCAUUUCAUGAAUUCGGAGCGAGAACUGAUCGUAAAAGCACGUUCCAGGAAUGGAUCGACCGUAUAACCUACACCCAUGGCGAUACUCAAGCUCUCUUUGUGAUCAAACAAGGGACAGCAGACGAUAUGGUCAAAAGGGUACAAUGCCUCGCGCCCCAUGUCGGUCCCAGGCCUCAUAUUGGACACCUCACGGUAGCUAUUUCUGGAUCGAAUCCAAGUGAGCGGGUGGAUAUAUCUUCCCUGCAGACAUCAAUUUCAGAGGUCAACUUUGUCUGGCUCGAUGCACCUGAUGCAAUCGAUCCAUCUGUUCUUGGUGAUAAUGUCUUUGACUUGGUGGUUCUAGAUGACCCCGAUAUGUUCAAUAUUGACAGUAAUGGAGCGUCCUCAAUUCUGGGUUCAGCGGCGAAGCCGGAGGCAUGGCUGAUUAUCCGAGACUCGAAUUCUUCGAUGAAGAAAGGCAUCGAUAUGGUCGAAUCAAGCGGAUGGAUAACCAGAAGUCCGAAUCCUGAUGCUGGCUUUGUUGUUCUUCAUCGGGAGUUAACACCGAGGAGCAUGGAUUCUACGAUCUAUGUUCUUGCAGUCAAUCAAAGCAACAUCCCUGAUCAUUUACUCAGGUGUUUGGUUCAUACAUUUGCCGCAGAGGGCUCUCAAAUACAGCUAGUUGGCGUGAGUGACAUACCAACCCUAGUGGGCAAAGCCGUGAUCUCCCUGCUGGAAAUUCAGAGUCCAUGGAUAUCACGAUGGACGGAAGAUGAUUUCGUCAAAUUCAAAGCCUUGCUGCGCGCAAAAUACAUUUUGUGGGUAUCCCCAAUCGCCGAGAAUGGCACAGCAGAUCACGCAGAGUUUGGGGCCAGCACAGGACUUUUCCGGUCACUGCGUAAUGAGCAACGUGAUACAAUCCUGGCUCAGGCGCAAUUUGACGUUACCGGGGGGAUGAAUUACACAGAGCUGGCCUACAGCUUACUACAAAUCAUGUGGCUCACUUUCCUUUCGAACAAAAGUGGCAGUACAGACUUCGAAUUCCGUGUGCGCGAAGGUCGAAUUUUAGUGCCACGAGUCAUUGCUAACGAGCCUGUUGGUGACGCCAUUUACAGUAUGGCUCAUGGGCCAGAACCCAAGCAAGCCAAUCUGAUGGACGGCACGCGACCAUUGUGGCUACGAAAUUCUCAGCUAGAUGCUGAAAACCACUAUUGGGAGAUUAACACAGACCUGGAAGACGCCUUGGCGGCUGAUCAGAUUGAAAUUCAACUACAGCUACAGACAGUCCCUGUACAAAGUCAAAAUGACGACCAGCCCCCCGAGACGCGGGUGCAUGCGAUUGAGGCUGUCGGGGUGAUCCGCCAGGUAGGAUCUGAAGUGGGAGACGGGUUUUUGCCGGGCGAUUUUGUGGCAUUACUGUACGCGGGAGAAAAAAUCAGAAUCGCCAAUCGGGUACGGGUUCCCCUUGGUGCAGUCACAAAGCUCCAGCCAGAUGCCGAUUUAAUUCAGGCUGUCUCUAUGCCGGUCGCAUAUACACUUGCCUACAUGAGCCUAUUUGACACGGUCCGCAAGAGUCAAACUUCAUCUGUUCUCGUUGUGGGGUCUAUGAAUCAAACUCUCCGAGCAAUUGUAGAUUGUGGCCUGGCAUCGGGACUCGAUGUCUACGUGGCUUUGGACACCAUCGAUUCAGUCAAUCAAAUUCAAAAGCAAUAUUCUUCUAUUUCGGAAAAAGCUUUCCUUCUUCGGAGCGGAUUGCCCUCACAAAUAUAUCGUCUCACGGGAGGCAAGGGCGUGGAGGUCACCAUAUCUUCCCUAGGCGGAUCAGCAGCUCGAAUUGCCGCCCAGUGCCUCGCAACUGGGGGCUCUUAUGUCAACUUGAGUGGCGGCAUCAAUAUGAGUUCUCUUCCGACCAGUUUCACUUCUCGUGGAUGUUCCUUUUCAUCUUUACAACUGCGAGGAAAAGCUGAUUUCCAGACAGAAAAAGUCUUGGAAUCCUUCCGCCAAGUGUUCAAAUUACUCAGUGCUCAGCAUAUCGUUCAACCAUAUCCCAACUUUGCUGUCUCUGAGAUUUCAGGUGCUUUCAAUCACUCUCGAAAUUUCAGGACUCGGGUUAUUGUCAAUCUCGACGCACCGGGCAUGGUGCCAAUCCUUCCGGCCCCCGUCCAGCCAAUUGAUCUACCAAAAGAGAAUACUUAUGUCUUAGCAGGUGGACUAGGGACAAUUGGGAUGGCACUCUCAGAGGUACUAGUGUCUCGUGGUGCAAAGAAUUUAGUCUUCCUCAGUCGCUCCGGCACACCCAAUAAUGCGCAACAAAUUAUCCUUCAGCGCUUCAACGAUGCCGGCUGUUACACGCACGUCAGAUGUUGCGAUAUUACUGAGGUAGAAGACGUGCAGUCCCUGCUCUCAGAGGCGAAAAUCGAAGGGUGGAAGAUUAAAGGCAUCAUUCAGUGCGCUACGGUCCUCAAGGAUGCUAUGUUUGAGAAGAUGAAAUUUGAAGAAUGGAAACUCUCCACAAAUUCCAAAAUCCGUGGCACAUUAAAUUUGCAUCAUCUCUUCCCGUCCAAUCUAGAUUUCUUUAUCACUUUGUCCUCUGUUGCUAGUCUCAUUGGCAAUAUUGGCCAAUCCAACUACGCUGCAGGGAAUGCUUUCAUGGAUGAUUUGAUGUCCUGGCGACGAAGCCAUAAUCUAUGCGGCCAAAGUAUCAAUAUAGGUCUUGUUCCCGAUGCGAGCGGUACUGGAGAUGUUGCAGAAUCAUCAGAGCAGCGCCAGGAGCGAUACAGCCAUUUGGAGGGUACGGAAAUCACUAUUGAAGAUCUGAAGACUCUUCUUCAUGUGAUCCUCCAGGAUGGAAGUUCUAUCCCUCCGCAAUUGGUGGCCGGCAUGAAGGACAAUUUGCCUCGGAAGAAUGCUGCCUUGUGGCAGCUCGAUCGCAAGUUUGAUCAUCGCAUUCGGCCCACUGGGGAGGACUCUGGAUCCAGUCCGGCACAGACCGUCUCAUUGCUCAAAAAUGCCACUACAAUAGAAGAUGCCACAGCAAUUAUUACCCAGGCACUACAGGCGUAUCUUGGAAAGUCCAUGGCCGCAGAGGCAGAAUCAAUCGACACGGAAUUGCCGUUGUCGGCUCUUGGUGUGGACUCACUCCGAGCUGUGGAGGUACAGAACUGGGUGUCAAUUGAGGCAGGAGCAGAGCUGUCUUCAUUUGAAUUUUUGGGAUCACAGCCUUUACGAAUAUUGGCAGAAAAGAUUGCGGCACAAAGUUCAUUCGUGGUUGCCACAUGA